AGUCCUCCUGUUUGCUCAAAGGAAAAAGUGGGACUAGCCGGGGAGAGAGAGAGAGAGAGAGAGAGAGAGAGAGAGAGAGAGAGAGAGAGAGAGAGAGAGAGAGAGAGAGAGAGAGAGAGAGAGAGAGAGAGCGCAGCUGAGCAGACAGCAGGAGAAUACUACCACACACACUUCAACUCAACUCUGGGCUCCCAGUCACUUGAGCUGUAGAAGUGCAUCAACUCUUGGACUUGAUAGUUUGCAUGGACAACCCCAAGUGAACACCUCGGCUACAGAUCGGUUUGGCCGGAGGCAGAGAGGUUGGCACAUUGCUACCCUCACUGCGCUACCAACACAGUGGGAGCUACAGCAGUGAGCAGAACCCGGACCUGAUCCAACUUCCCUGGGACUAAGAGACUGUGCAUUCCCCUUGAGCUCCUGGACACGGCCAGCCUGUGGGAUGGACAGAUCCCCUGCAUCUCCCGAGUAAGGCAGCGCUUCUGCUGGAUCUUGUUUUUUGGAUGUUUUGUUUUGGUUAUUGUUGUGUUUUUAGUGUGGCGACCACACCAGCGCUGAACAGGAGUGAGUAGAGCGUCCUGCGGUCCAUCUCCAUCUCCCUCUCCCUGCGCACCCCACCCUGAGAUUUCACAGACCCUCCUCUCCGCGUCUUCCUCUGGGCAGCCCGCGUGUCCCCUCUGCUACCCCCCCCCCCCCCCCCCCCUCUCCUCCCUCACACCGCCCCCCCCCCUUACCCCAUAGCCCUCACACCCCACCCCUCCCCGACAGAGCAGAAAGCGUGAAAAAUCUCACUAAUGGGUUUAUUUGCUGUCAGAUCUGUGCCGAUCUGUCAUUCCCAGACGACCGUUCUGCUUGAAACAUUUCAUAGCUGAGUAGCCCCCCUCCUGCCUCUCUCUCUGGCCAGAGGUAGUGGAGCCCCUGCAUCAUUCUGCUGGCCGAGAGAGCUUGUCAAACAGACAGAGAGAGAGAGAGAGAGAGAGAGAGAGAGAGAGACAGAGAGACAGAGAGAGAGAGAGAGAGAGAGAGAGAGAGAGAGAGAGAGAGAGAGAGAGAGAGAGAGAGACAGUCAGACAGAAAGAGAGAGAGAGAUAGAGAGAGACAGAGAGACAGAGGCAGCAGCAGCAGACAGUCUGACAGCAUCAGCGGACAGAGAGUGAAUUUGUCCCCUCCUCAGUUGGCCUUCCAAGGCAUCUACUCCCCAUCACCACCACCACAACCAGCACCACCAACAACAACACCACCACCAACACCACCACCACCACAAAGCCGGUUCCGACCUCCAGCAGAACCCAGUGGUUUCUUCCCACCAAGAUCUCUGAGCGGGUGCUGAGCGGAAGUGUGUGUGAAGAUGCGGGUCGGGCCCGGCCCACUAGCGGUGCUGGCCUUAGUGUUCUGGACUCAGUGUGUCCUCCUAGACGGGGUCGAGGCCAAGAAGGAGAGGAAGAGACCCAAGGAGGCCCCGCCACAACACACAGAGAACUCCAACACCACGCUGUCCAACAGUGAGGAGGUCGGAGGGACCAUCAAGGUAGGACCCCAAAAUGUUUCUGACAACCAGCGUGUUGACCCACUGGGAUCAUGGAUGGACUUUGUGAAACGACCUGUAGGCAACUUCAGAAAAUGCCCCAAACGGAGACGGCCCCUGCCCGGACCCCCCGGCCCGCCUGGACCACCAGGACCUCAGGGACCCCCUGGCUCUCCGGGGGCAGAGGUCACCCAGGAGGUGCUCCUCCAGGAGUUCAAGGAGAUGAUCAAAGAGGCCGCGGAGCGCAGAGCGUCGGCGCUGGAGCGACAGAGCAGCAGACCCAGCCUGCCGCCUCCGGCGCUGCUCGCUCUAGAAGGGAUGAGCUCGUACCGCCGGAUAGAGGAGGCCUUCCACUGCAAGCUGAAAGGCCCCGUGGUGAUAGACAAGAAGACCCUGGUGGAGCUGCAGAACUUCCAGACGCCUCCGGCGAAAGGAGCGUUUCUGAGAGGGUCGGGCAUGGACCAGUCUACUGGCAGAUUCACCGCACCCAUCACCGGGAUAUACCAGUUCUCUGCCAAUGUUCAUAUUGACCACAACGAGGUGAAGAGGAGCAAGAGCCAGCUGAAGGCCAGAGAUAACGUGCGUGUUCUGAUCUGCAUCGAGUCUCUCUGCCACCGAUACACGUCACUGGAGAUGAUUGUUGGCUUGGAAAGUAACAGCAAGAUAUUCACUGUCAGCGUGCAAGGUCUGCUGGAGCUACAGGUUGGACAGUACACAUCCAUAUUUGUGGAUAACGCUGCUGGGGCCUCCAUCACCAUACAGAGUGGCUCUGAUUACAUGGGCAUGCUGCUCGGUGUAUAGACGGUCCACCAACACCAGCACCAUCCAUCCACCCACCCACACAUCCCCAAGGACAGCCACUUAGAACUGCCCAUAAGGUGACACCUGUACCUUGUGGGGCAUCAAGGAUUAUUCAACUUGGAUUUACCGCUGGACUUUUUGCAGAUGUCGAAAAGACAGUAUAACAAACUUUCAUGGGCUGGAUUUGUAUCUUUACACAAUAAGCUGUCCCCCAUCCCAUCCAGGAUUAGGUUGGCCUCAUUGCACCCCAAUACACCAAUAGUUUAUUUUAAUCACACUAGAGUUCGGUGGAACAGUGAACCAUUCAAACAGUCACGCGAGGCCCUUCUUAGCGGCAUAGCAAAUGUGUGGGUCAGAAUAUGAUAAGGGGGACAGCAGCAUCAGAUAGAGAAAUAUAUGUUUUAUAAUAUAAUGUAUAACAUCAAGAUGUGUUUGGGUUUUGUCUUUGUGAUCCGUUUUCAUUCAAAAUGUAGUAUUUUCGUAUGUUUAAACAUUUGUCUACAUUAUUUGUGUUGUAAAGACUCUUUGAGUACACUGGACCGGUAUAUAGACCCAGGAUCUAAGAGAAGUUGGAUAUCCGAUGUAAUUACACUUUUUAUACUAUAUUGUUAUUUCAAAGAAUUCCAGACACAGAUAAACAUUUGGAGAUGACAGAGAAUGUUUAAAGUUCUUCUUUUGUUGUGUUUUGUGUAUUUUUGAGAAUCUUAUGAAUUCACCAGACAAGCAUUUUAUUGAACAUGGUUUUCACGUCUGAGGUAUGUUCAACGCCAUUGUGGGAGUUUCCACUUGAAUAUGAAUCACACUUAACAUUCCUGGAUUACAACAAACAAUUUUUCUUUUCAUUUAAUUCUGAAUUAACUGCAUCAUUUACCGUGAUUAGAGAUUACAUCAUUAAAUAAAUCUAGCGAUCUGUGAUUCACUUAUAAUACACCAUAGAUAUGUGUAAUAUUGUUCAUCUUGUAUCUAUAUUUUUCGGUAAAAUGUAUUAAUUUACCUGGGGGGGGGUGAAAAGCCUUUUCGCCUGGAUAUGUAAAAUUGUUCCAAGUCUGUUUCCACUUCAAUAUUAGCUGGUGUUACUUCUCUUUAUGAUAAUUUGAUUGUAAAUUACUCAGAAUUUCUUGGGGAAACACUGAGCUUUAAAAUAUGACCACCUCCUCUUGUGGUUUGAAUUAUAAAUCUCUGCCAUUUCAUUUCCAUAUACAUAUUUCCCGGAAA